AUGCAGCUGAAUUUCAGGGGCCUCCAGGCCCUGGUGACGGGGGCAGGGAAAGGGAUCGGGAGGGACACUGUGAAGGCCCUGCACGCCCUGGGAGCCAGAGUGGUGGCCGUGAGCCGCACCGACACUGACCUGGUCAGCCUCUCCAAGGAGUGUCCCGGGAUAGAGCCCGUGUGUGUGGACCUGGGUGACUGGGAUGCCACGGAGCGGGCACUGGGCAGCGUGGGCCCCGUGGACCUGCUGGUGAACAAUGCUGCCGUGGCGCUGCUGCAGCCCUUCCUGGAGGUCACCAAGGAGGCCUUCGACAGGAGCUUCAACGUGAACCUGCGCUCAGCGGUGCAGGUGUCCCAGAUCGUGGCCCGGGGAAUGAUCCGCCGCGGAGUGCCUGGUUCCAUUGUCCACGUCUCCAGCAUGGUGGCCCAUGCCUCUUUACCCAACCUAGCUGUCUACAGCUCCACCAAGGGCGCAAUGACCGUACUCACCAGAGUCAUGGCCGCAGAGCUGGGGCCAUAUAAGAUCCGGGUAAACUCCGUGAACCCCACCGUGGUGCUGACGGCCAUGGGCCAGAAAGUCUUGACGGACCCCGAGGUCGCCCGGAAACUGAAGGAGCGGCACCCCUUGCAGAAGUUUGCAGAGUCGGAGGACGUGGUCAACAGCAUCCUCUUCCUGCUCAGCGACCGCAGCGCCUCCACCACCGGCUCGGGCAUCCUCGUGGACGCCGGGUACCUGGUCUCCUAG